UCUUAACGGACGCCAGGCUCGUUUCGACAAGUCUACUGGCUGUUCGGGGACCUAGGAACACUUUAGUAUGGUGAACGUUCCCAAACUUCUGUUGGUGCCUUGCAUGUCAGACCACUCCCCAGGUAAUUGACCAACAUCAAAUGCACUUGGCGGGGAAGUAGAUAUAUCAUUCAUUACCAAGAGGUCGUUGUUGCGCUCCGACGUCUAAUUCGAGAUUCAAGUGCACAUUCUCCAUAGGCUUUCCCAUGCGACUCAACAUGGACAAAGUAGAGAAGGAGAGUCUUCUAUCAGAAACGCAUAGAGCCGCGGAGGGUGACUUGGACCUGUACACACGAAUCCGCAAAAGAUCGAUCCGUGAAUCUGCGUGGUUCAUCACAUACUUAUUUGUGUUGCACGUUACACUCCUUCUCGUCGGUCUGGCUUUAUGGCAAUCGCGCCUUGCGCUGACUUCAGAGACGAUACCAACACAACAUUGGAAACCGUUGUCUGUCGGAAGAGUGACCAGCGAAGAACAUUCCGUGGACCACAGUAGGCACAGCAAGUAUUCAGGACCUCCCAACGACGAGAACAACAAAGCUUGGGAAGAUCUUAUCCAGCCAACUUUCUUCGGAGCCACCGAGAAGGAGCUUGUGGCAGGGAAUGAAACCGUCGAUGACGCUGUCAGAAUCGCCCCUGCAGACAAGCCUUCGGAAUCGAAUGAGUAUCUCGCAGCUUUAGGUGUUUAUCACGAACUGCAUUGCCUUCGACAACUGCGAAUGCAUCUUUACCGCGAUGUAUAUUAUGAAAACCUCACAGAAGCCAAUGAGCGAUGGUUUUUCGAUCACCUCGAUCACUGCAUUGAAACGAUUCGUCUUUCCAUCAUGUGCCAGGCAGAUCUCAGUUUGUACACGUUUACAUGGAAGACUUCGACUGACACUCGUCCCAAAGCGAAGUCCGCUUCAAAACGUCAAUGUGUCAACUGGGAUGAGGUACAGGGUUGGAGCAUGAAUAGGAAAAUCUCCUUGUGGCCACGGCUGCUUCGAUUGAAUGGGAAGGAGGAUGAUAUCCGACUUUAGUUGCUACCUACACCUGCAUCUUCAAUUACUUCAUCUUCUUCCUUUCUUGUCUUACUAUGGCUCAUUACAAUACCCAUCCAGGAAAUUUACUGUUAGCAAAUUUCUCUUUUCUUUCAAGAGCGCUUCUCGUCCUUUUUCGAGCAAUCUCGAUAUAUCUUGCCUACAAUCUAUAGAUGCAUCAGCUUUUAAUGAAUAGGACAAGCGAUAAUAAAUAUGAAAAUACUCUUACC